AUGCCCAAUAGACCACCAUUUCCACCCUGCCACUGCUUUCUUCUUCUCCUUUUAUUUGGUUUUGUCGGCGGCGACACGCCGUCGCGGGAGGUGUGGUGCGUGGCCAAGAACAACGCGGAGGACGCGGCGCUGCAGUCGGCGCUGGAGUGGGCCUGCGGCGCGGGCGGAGCCGAUUGCGGAGCGAUCCAGGGAGGAGGACCCUGCUUCGACCCUUCCAGCGUGCAGAACACGGCGUCGUACGCUUUCAAUGAUUAUUUCCGGAAACACGCUAUCGCGGAAGAGAAUUGUAACUUCGGCAACAACGCCGCCAUCACGUCCUUGAACCCCGGUUUUGGUAGUUGCAAGUUCCCUUCUAGUUCCUUAGUGAACAAUGGGAGCUUCUCGGGAUCAGCGUCAUCAGUGGGAUUGAUGCCCGGUGAAGACACAAGUGGGUGCGGUGGAGUUGGUUGGAGAUGGUGGUUUUUGUCAUUUAUUAUGACCACUCAUUUAUUCUUGAUAGUUUCAUUUUCACCCAUUGUUUAA